AUGGAAAUGACAGAGUUAAUGUCGGUGUCAUUAGCCGUACCACAGGCAACAAAGUUUAUGAUGUUGUUAAAAAUGGAAAUAAAACUUCGAUUCAGAAUCGAUCCAAUUUGGGCAACAGACGGCAGCAAAUAUUAUAUUAAGGUCACUGUCAAUAGACGUAAUAGCGCGAUAUCUGGAGAUUUUACCACCGUCGAAGAGCCUUAA